GUAGUUGUUGAUUUAGGACGAAUUAGCAGUAAUUUGUUGAUUUGAAUGUAACUGUGGUGAAUUAGUUGAUUUUUCAGAGGUGAAUUUGAAAUUAAUGCUCUGAUUUAACUCACGGUAGCUGUAGAUAAAUAUUUUAUAUAGAUUCAUUGAAAGUUUAUGAGAAAUUUGAUAUGCGAUUAUUACAUUGAACGGUACGGCCACUGGAAUUGGCGCGAACUUCUGAAAUAUGCCGGUUUAGCAAGGUGCGGUAAGAGUUGCAGGUUGCGAUGGAUGAAUUAUCUUAGACCGACUGUAAAACGCGGUAAUUUUAGCAAGGAAGAAGAAGAUAUCAUCAUCAAAUAUCAUCAAACCAUAGGAAACAGAUGGUCAGCCAUUGCUGCACAAUUACCAGGAAGAAGCGACAACGAAAUCAAGAACCACUGGCACACACACUUGAAAAAGCGCAGGGACGAACGGCAACGGACUUGUCAUCCCACAAACAAAGUACAAGAAGAACCGAAAAUUAAAUUCGAGCGGAUUAUAGAAUUUUCUGGAUUGGUGUCAUCAUCUAGUGAGAACCGAAUUUCGGUUGAAUCUAGUACAACAUCACAGAGAGUUUCUAUCGACUCAAAUUCGAGUCCAUGGGUACCGCAUCAUCGGUUGUUAAUAGAUUUGAAUCAAGAGUAUGUAGAGUCAUGGGAUGAAGAAGAUUGCAUGUUAAAGAACUAAAGAAGAAGUUAGAGUGUUGAUAUAGUUAGUUACAGGAAAAAAAAACAAAUUAAAAUACAGAUUUUAAAUUUUAAUGUUUUUAAAAUAGGUUAAAUAUUUCUUUCCACAAUUAGGGAUUGAAAAAUGUAAACUAUCCAAAAUGUUGUUUUGAUAUAAAUUUGUUAUUAUUAUUAUUUUUUAA